AUGAGGCGUCGCUACAUGGAUGCUAUGGCCUUAGUUAGGAGGUAUGGAAAGCCAGACAUCUUCCUCACAAUGACAUGCAACCCAAACUGGGAUGAGAUUAGGCAGGAGCUCUACCCUGGCCAGACACCUCAAGAUCGUCCAGAUCUCGUCGUUCGUGUUUUCAGGGCUAAGUUGGAAGAACUCAAAAAUAAGCUACUUAAAAAGGAUAUCUUGGGCAAGGUGAGGGCUUAUGUGUAUGUGGUGGAGUUCCAAAAGAGGGGCCUGCCUCAUGCGCACUUCCUGCUCAUCAUGGAGGGCCGAUACAAGCUCACAUGCCCCGAGCAGUAUGAUCGCCUUAUCUCAGCCGAACUCCCCAACAAGAAGAAGUACCCAGAACUGUACAAGUUGGUCGUGAAACAUAUGAUGCAUGGACCUUGUGGUGCUUUGAAUUUGAAUCCUGAAUGCCCUUGCACAAAGGGUCGUCCUUCUUGCAAGAAUCACUAUCCGCGGCCUUUCCACGCGGCUACCUUACAAGGCAAGGACUCCUACCCGCUAUACAAACGACGUGAAGACGGAUGUAAAGCAAUGGUUCGAAAGGAAUGGCUAGAUAAUAGGUGGGUUGUCCCAUACAACCCACACCUCUUGCGCUACUUCAACUGUCACAUCAAUGUUGAGGCAUGCGGCAGCAUAAAAGCCGUUAAAUACCUGUUCAAAUACAUAUACAAGGGCCAUGAUCGAGCAUCUAUUGUUGUAAGUGAGGCUGACAAAAAUGGAGACAUAGAUGAGAUCAAACAGUAUAGAGAUGCUAGGUGGGUGACUCCUCCAAAAGCAUUGUGGAGGAUAUAUGGAUUUGAAUUGAGUAAGAACUCACCACCCGUGAAGCAGCUACAACUCCAUUUGCCAAACAUGCACAUGGUGUCAUUCCAAGCGGCCCAAAAUAUUGAACGAGUAGUUAACCAUGAAGGUGUUGAGAAGUCAAUGCUUACGGAGUAUUUUGAGGCAAACAGGUUACAUGAGGAUGCUCGUUCUAUCUUGUACAGGGACUUCCCCGAGUGGUACACCUGGCAGAAAAGUCAGAAUAAUAAAUAUUGGAGAAAAAGGGUACGAGAUACCGGUGGACAAAUUGGAAGAAUUGUGUCCGCUCAUCCUGCCGAGGGGGAACGCUAUUACUUGCGGGUCCUCCUAAACCAUGUCACUGGCGCCACCUCUUAUGAGGACCUAAGGACAGUUAAUGGUGAGAUCCUACCAACCUUUCGUGAAGCUGCCGAGAGAAGGGGAUUGAUCGAAGGAGACAACACACUGGAUGAGUCCCUCACUGAAUCCACAUUAUAUGAGAUGCCAUCAUCUCUACGGUGGCUCUUUGCAACGAUACUGGUUUUUUGUGAGCCAAGCGAUGUGCGCGGACUCUGGGAGAAGCACCUGGAUGCAAUGUCAGAAGACUAUCGUCGUAGCAAUCCAUCCAAAGUUGCAGCUGAGCAAUUGGUUCUAAUAGAUAUCAGGAAUAUGCUACAAUCAAUGGGCAAGGAGAUAGAGUCAUUCCCUCUUCCCGAUAUCCAGGAAGAAUAUGACACUUCCAUCGGUGUGACAAGGGAGAUCUUCGAGGAAUCCACCAUAGAGCUCAAUGUUGAGGACACAUAUCUAUCAGAUUCACUUAAUUCAGAUCAGAGGGCCGCAUACGAUGAAAUUAUGUCUGCUAUUGAUCGUGAUGAGGGUGGUGUCUUCUUUGUGGAUGGGCCUGGAGGCACCGGAAAGACUUUUUUGUACAGAGCACUACUCGCAAUGAGCGGGACUGCAAAGCUCCUACAGACAGCUUCUCUCAUUAUUUGGGAUGAGGCUUCCAUGACAAAGAGGCAGGCAGUGGAGGCGUUGGACAACAGUAUGCGCGACGUGAUGAGCCGACCAGACCUGCCGUUCGGAGGAAAGACAGUUGUGUUCGGUGGAGAUUUCAGACAGGUCCUCACUGUUGUCCAAUAUCUAUUGCGCAUUGGUGAUGGUAAGGAGGUGACAAAUCGAGAUGGCGAGGUCCGCCUUCCAGACGAGAUAUGUGUGUCAAGAACUGGGAAGGACACUGACCUUGAUACACUGAUAGACAAUACUUUUCCUAGCCUCGAUGCUAACACGUCAGGCCCAGACUACAUCACCUCCAGAGCAAUCUUGUCGACACGGAAUGAUUCCGUGGAUAGGAUUAAUUUGAAGAUGAUCAGUCGAUUCCAAGGAGAUGAGAUGGUGUACCAUAGUUUUGAUUGUGCGGUUGACGACCCUCAUAACUACUAUCCUCCUGAAUUCCUUAACACAUUGACCCCUAAUGGGCUGCCCCCGCAUGUGUUGAAGCUCAAGAUUAACUGCCCUGUCAUAUUGCUCAGGAACAUUGACCCCGCGAACGGACUUUGCAAUGGCACGAGGCUGGUGGUUCGAGGAUUCCAAAGGAAUGUCAUCGAUGCAGAAAUUGUCCUUGGCCAACAUGCUGGAAAAAGGAUCUUCUUGCCAAGGAUUCCCCUUUGCCCCUCUGAUGAUGAGAUGUUUCCUUUUCAGUUCAAGAGGAAGCAAUUUCCAAUAAGGCUCAGCUUCGCCAUGACGGUUAACAAGGCACAGGGGCAAACUAUCCCGAAUGUCAGUAUUUACUUGCCCGAGCCAGUGUUCUCUCACGGGCAGUUGUAUGUUGCACUAUCUAGAUCCACCGCUAGAAAGAAUGUCAAGAUUCUUGCCGUCCCUGAUGCUGGUAAUAAGAAAAGAAACUCAAAUGACAGCAAAAAGAAGAGUUCAACUUGCAGCAAAAACGAGAGCUGCGAUUAUCUUGUUGGUACUUACACGAAGAACAUUGUCUAUAAAGAGAUCCUUACAUCAUAG